AUGUUCCACGUGGCUCUUGCAGUGGCACUAGCAGCAUCAGCAGUUCAAACUGCGACCGCGGCGCCAAUAGUCAAUGGCGAAGCGGCCAACAUGAACGAAACGCCCGGCAUCGUGUCUAUACAGACAAGUAAUGGCACACAUUGGUGUGGCGGGACGCUAUUGAACCCAGACACUCUUCUCACUGCCGCCCAUUGCCCCCCAACCCUUGCGGUAAUUCGAGUCCGUGCAGGAUCGCUGGUAAGUUUUUCACAAGCUGUACUCACCGCCAUCAAGCUCAGCCGUCAAAGUGACGGGCUAACGAUGGUGCAGAACCGUCUCUCUGGCGGCACUCUAGUCAGCGUGGCAUCUGUCCAGCCUCACCCCGAUUACAACCCUCGCAACUCGGACAAUGACAUUGCCGUGUGGAAACUGGCCGUCCCCUUUGCGGCGAACUCAACCAUUCGCUACGCCAAGUUGCCAGAGCAGCACGACGACCCGGCCGCCUACAAACCCACCGUGACUGUCGCCGGUUGGGGAAAGCUGGACUCGGCAGACACUGGCUAUCCCGAGCUGUUGCGCAGAGUAUCCGUCCCGGUUGUAGACCGCGACGUCUGCGCAAGUGUGUACUCGGACAACAGCCGCUAUCCUCGGCAAGACGACGUGUUCUGCGCAGGCCCCGACGAGGGCGGCAAGGACGCCUGCCAGGGAGACAGCGGCGGCCCAGCCUUUGAAGCAGGCACGGGGGUCUUGGUUGGUGUGACGAUUGGCGGCUUGGGUUGUGCCAGAGCCGGCUAUUAUGGUGUCUACACGAGAGUAGGCAAAUACGUCGACUUUAUAAAGAGACACAUGUAG